AGCUGCCAAAAAAGAUGCCAGGAGGAGCCGGCAGGAGAAGGCGAAGGAGGCGGCCAAGGAGAAGCCCCUCCCUCGGAGGCGGCCGCUGAUGAGCAAGCCCGUGGACGACGUGUACCUGACGUGGCUCUACAGGAGACCCUCCUAUGGGCUGGAGCAGGCCGUGGGCAUGCUCAAGAGGUUCCAGGAGCUGGACUUCACCCACCCCAAGCAGUUUGUGUACAUCAACGUCUUCCUGGACAUGGCACUGCAGAAGAAGAAAAAAGUGGAUCCUUUUUCCAGCGGUGUCGCUCUCCCCCAUCGCUUUACGGAUGAGGUGAACAAGGUCUUGGUGUUCACAGAGAAUGAGCAGGAAGCUGAGGUAGCUCGAGAGCACGGGGCUGCCAUCGUGGGAGGAGUUGAAUUAGUCAAAUGGAUCCUGGAGGAUGAAAUCCAGGCUGAUUUCUACGUGGCUGUCCCUGCCAUCAUCCCCAAGUUAAUCCCCCUGAGGAACAAGCUGAGGAAGAAGUACCCCAGCACCAAGAGAAAUUCCCUGGGCAGUGACAUUCCCAGAAUGGUGCAGUUCUUCAGGGAAUGUCACGAGUACUCGGUGGAGGACGAGAGCGUCAUCAAGACAAGGAUAGCCAGACUGGAUAUGCCCACUGAGCACAUCAUUGCCAACCUGAAAACAAUUAUCCAGGAUAUCUGCACCUUCAAGCCAUCCAAUUUUGAUCCCAUUGUGCAGAGGCUGGUUAUCAGAUCCUCCACCAGUGAAGGCUUGCUGCUGAACCUCGAUGGAAUCCUACCUCAGGUGGAGAAAGCAGAGGAGAAAGAGGAAGAAGAUGCAGCUGAUGAGGAUCAGCAAAAACCUGUCCAGGAAUCCGUUAGUACCUGACGUCUUCUCCGUGUGGGCCUGGCGCUCCAGCUGGGGAAGCAGAUGUGAAGUGUCACUCAAAUCAUGCUCUGUGAGAACAAAAAAUAAAUGCAGCUUGUGUAUUUCAUGUCUAAAUUGGGUGUAAGGUUGUCAGGAGCAGGAGCCUGUUGUCAGAACCCAGCAAGUGUUUUCCCCCAAGGAAGAACCGGCCGUGUUUUGUGAGGGGAGCGAGCAUUCACCUUGCUCCCAUGUUUCCUGGAAUACCAGCUGCAGACCCGGCUCUUUGCCGCUGUUUUCCGCUUUCCUUCCAGGAGGUGGCGCUCCCGGCCUUCCCUCCUGUGCAGGCGUUGGAAUUGCCUGGAAUUUCUCCUGAAGUGGUUUUUUUUGGGGGGUUCUGUUGCUGAACACUUGUUCGUAAAGCUGCACCCCGAAAUGUAAGAUGGUUCCAGAAAGGAUUGGCUGUUUACCACAGGGAUGAGCUGGUCCAGAUCUGGAAAGGUUUAAAUCAUUCCUGCUACUGGAGGCAGGCCUCCUUUUUCCAAGAGCUUACUGGGAUCUGGCUGCAUGGGAGUUCUUUUAGCUCCCAUCAGAAGCAUUUGGCUGCUGUCAGUCAGGGUGACCAAUUCCUGCCAGGCCACGCUGAUUAUUUUUGGUUGUGUGUGGGGUGCUUUGCUCAGAGUUUGAUCCAAAAAUUCCCUUUGAGGUGUGUAUAGGAAGGUUUCACACUGACUUAAUAGACUUUGCGUGUUGCAAGUGGGAAAAACAAUGCCAGUGCACUGGGAUAUCUUUAUUGCUUAGGAAUUACACAUGUAAGGGAUGUUAUGAGGCAUUCCAGUGGUUGUGUGGUGUUUGCGACCCAAAAUUUAAUGUGAGUUAGCUGUUGGUGUAGAAAAGCAAAGCCUGUGGUAUUAUCUGAAUAGAUUUCUCUGUUCUCCUGGCUUAUUUCCAAGACUUCACUGUCCAUUUUGGGAAAAGAUAGGCCUGCCCUCUUUGAUGGGUGGAUUUAAAAAAAAAGUGAUGCUUAAGCAGAAAUGCACAGGUGAGCUUAAAUCAGAAGCUCUCAGACUGCUGAGUGUGCUCUCAGAGAAUAAAAGCAUGGAAUAACAAAGGUUCCUGCAGGGAUCUGCACUUGGAAAAUCCCAGAGCUGUGGGGACACGGGCAAUCUGGGCCUCUGGAGGUCAGGGGGGCAAGAGAAGGAGCUGGUGGGCUCAGCAAGUUUUCAGGUGCAGUUCUGAACUUGUGCUCCUGAUUGCUGAGGGAGUAAUGCCCCUGCUCUGUGCCAUGCUGAAACAGUGCUGUACAAGCUGUUGAGUGCCUUGGGACUUCCUUUUAUCCUGGAAUGCUGGAUUGGCAUGGGGAGGGGAGAGAUGGAAGGGAUGAUCACCAAGAGAUGGCUCCUCUGUAAUGAGCAGAGUCCCCAGACAGGCAGAGUGGCACUUGUACGUGUGGUUCUUGGGCCAAGGUGCUUUAGAAAUCCCUAUGAUUGUCCCACUGAGCAUGGAGGCAGUGCUGCAGCACCUCUAGCCCUGCAGAUGAUGUAUGAGGGCUUUUAGGUUUGUUUUUGUGGCCCUGCUGUUAGUUUAACUGAGGAGGAGAGCUGGGAUUCAAGCUCAGCGAAACAGAAACAUUUGCCCAAAGAAGGAAGAAGUUGUCCUGGGAGCCUGUGUGCAGCUGUGGGGAGUGCAGGGCUGACACUCAGCCCCAACCUGGACUUGUAGGGAAUUUGUGGCUCUCCAAAAAACCUGGAAUCCCUGCGGGUCAAGCUGAGUUCAUGGGAGUUGUGCCACUGCUGGAGGAGCAGGGCAGGGAUGUGCAGCUGCCACCAGUGCUGACAGGUUUUUAGUGCUGAGAUGAGUGUUGUGAGUGAUUAAAUAGGAUUUUGUUAUCCAUGUUCUGCAAUACCACUGGUCUUGCCAGACUCUGGCAGAGAGGCUAAUGCUGUAGCCAAAACUGUCCGUGUGGGAAUAGCUGGAUUGACUGAAAUAGGACAGAGGAGGGAAAAAAGCUUUUGAGGCUGACAGAAAACGCUGUUAGGGAUAAACAUAAUUUUCCAAGCAGUUAUUUCUGUCAGUACCUCAGCUUGCAGGUGUCUAGAGGCUUCAUCCCACCAGGACAUGAAGGCAGAAGUGUCAGUGUGUCUCCUGCUUGGAAAACAAGAGGAAAAUGCCAGUCUUCCCAAAUUGUCAGGUACUGGGAGAUGCUGGGUGAAGGUCACACGUGGUGACCCUGCCAUGCCAUGUUGUUUUUGUGGGCUAAUCUCAUGGAUUUUAAAAAGGAAUAUUAAUAAAAUUGUAAAAAACCCAGUUAAAAGCUGGAAAAAUAUUUAAGUGUCAGGGGUUCUGGAAGUGGGGAAUGCACAUGAUGACAACUUCACUUGCCAGAGAUGGAUGGAUCCUUCUCAGAGCCAUGCUUGUCCAGCUGUUCUGUGCAAGUGUGAGCCAGCACGUGGCCAGCUCUCCAGGAACACAAGGUAUGUCUGCUCAAUCUCUUCAGCCAGGGAUUUGCCAAGUGGAGGAAUGGCUCCUUCACACCAACUUGCAGAAAACUGACCUCUGCCUAGAGGUUUGGUAAAAGGGAGGCUAAAAGUGGUUAAUUUCUACAACCCCAGUGACUUUUUGUGCCAUUAUGUCAAAGAUCUAUGGCAGCAGCUGACAGCUGCAUCGGUGCUUUGCAAGUUGUACCCUUCGGGCUUUCAGCCUUUGAACGAUCUCAUAUUUCUCCUGAGAGAGUCUGAAGCUUAUUUGAUAAUUUUAUUUGCUGCUAAUCUGUAAGUAGACUCAAAACAGAAAUGCUGCUUUUGUGUUCCAAUAGGAUGUGAAGGACAAAACUUUAGCAAACUUUGAAUUUCUGAAAAUUUCAGGUCUUUUGCGCUGAGUGCCAAACUUAAGAAAUGCUGGAAAUGAGUGCUUGCUAGAGGGAAAAUCUGAAAAAUUACCUAAGUUAUGGGUCUGGAGUUCUGACUUUUAACAGGGUCUUUGGAGCAGUGUUGUGGGAACGGCAGGAAGGAAGGUGGGAGAAAUAGGGAGGAGGAGGAGGCAGUAGCUGGACUAGGGAAACAAGUUGUCAAAGCCUAAAGAACAGCAGCAGGAAGAUGAAGAACAAAAAUGGUGAGAAGAUGGACCGGACACAUUUAUAUGAAGCCUGUUCUGUAUGAAGCUGUUGAACACUAUGUGCUUGGCUUUCAUUAUUUUCACCUGUUCUAUAUGAAAUUAUUGAACGCUCUGUGUGCUUGGUUUUAA